AUGGCCAAUAGAAAGUGGUUUGCAGCUGCAGAUGACGGGGAUUUGGAUUACAUUUUGCUCCACUACAAUGAAAUGGUUGGGAAACAGGAUUCUCAGUUCCUAGAUAGAACAGCCCUGAUGUUUGCAGCCAACCGGGGCCACUAUGAGAUCUGCGAAAUCCUAGCUCUUGGAAAGCCUAGUGAGGUCGGAAUACUUAACCGCAGAGGGAAUACUGCCUUGCACUUUGCCGCCUCCAACGGAUAUGUGAGAAUAAUUACUAUGUUAGCUCCUCUUGAGGCGCGUGUGAGAAAUGAAAAUGGAGACACUGCGCUCACGCAUGCCAUUCUGAACGGCCAUGCUGAAGCAGUAAGGGCUCUGAUACCAUUUGAGUUGGACUUGGUUGGUUCCGAGAACAAGUCUCCAUUAGAGCUAGCCAAACAGCUAGGAAAUCAAGAAAUAAUUCACAUUGUCCAGACAGCUUUGUCUGAGCCUAGUCCGGCUAUCUCCUACCCCGCUCCCCAGCUCUCUCACCGGCAUCCGACUGUUCCUCCACUUGAGGAGCAGAUUGGCAAAGAACAUGUCAUCAAGGAUCUUUCACCCGUUAUGAGCUAUAGCAAGGAUCGAGCUGCGCCUAAGCCGGAGGCACAAGACCUAGCAUUAUUCCGCUCAGCGGAGCAUUCUAUUGGCCUCAGCACGGCUCUGCCGCAGAACGCAGGUAGCACCUCACUAUCAACACCAAUAAAUAGUGCCGACAGCAGCGCAGCAGGAAGCUACAUAGACUCCUACCAGUUGGUUCGGCCAACGCAACUGUUCGACAGGUCGACCGCUUCUCAGCGGUUAACAAGCUCGUUUACUGUUCCGUCGGUACUAGCAAAGUCCCAAAGUGCACAGCAAGACACUUUUUACCUGAACAUCAGUGCAAAUUAUAGCUUUACCAAAGAGGAAGAGUCUGAGUACCACUCGUUAAUGUCCCGGACUAGCGUAUUAGAGAAGGCGAACAAGCAGCUCCGGGCGAAGAACGCCGCUCAGGUAACUAGGAUUAUGGACUUGGAGGACCGUAAUGCAACCCUCACUAGUCUUUUAGAAACGCUGAUGAAGCCGGACUCUUAUGCAGAAGAGUUCCGGCUGGAUCAAAUGAUAGACGAACCUGUCAAAGGUAAGGACGCAGGGAAGACCGGUCGCCGACCAGUGCCCAAAAAAAGAUCUGAUGAACCAAUUAGCAUAGAGGAGUCCCGCCUCAUCCGGGAGGAGAUCAAAGCUCUUCGUAAGGAAAACAAGGCUCUUAAAGACUGUCUGAGAGAGUUUUCUGAGAAAUUUGACGCCUUUAUGUUAUCAACUGGGGCGGGCUUUUAUACUACAGAAUGA